CUUAAUUGUUGGCUGUUUUGCUUAUUAUAAUUAUGCUUCCCUAAUGAUAUUUUUGGCUGAGUGAUAUUUUUAUUUAUAUAACCUAUGUUUGUUGAAUUUCUCUCGGUUCAGCAAACAAAAUAACUUUUUGUUGUGUCCAUUUAUAAAUAAAUAAAUAAAUAGCUGGAUUAUCCAAAAGAGAUUUGUGAUUGGUGGAGGAAAGAUAAUAAUUCCCUGAUCAUAGUAAUAAAAUUUUGGCUAAGCAAUUUUUUUUUUUUAAUAUAUGAACUAGUACUAUAUGUUUUUUGGAAUUCAGCAAACGAAAUCAUCUUUUUUUUUCUUUUCUUUUUUUGGUGUUGUUGUGUCAAUAAAUAAAUAAAUAACUCGUUUAAAAAAAAAAAAGGAAUUUUCCUUUAAAAAAAAGAAUGAAGAGAAAAGAAAUGUUAAUAACAUUAUGGGAAACAAGGGUUGGUUCUGUCUGUAAAAGGGAGGCUAAGAACAAACAAUUGGUAGUCGCUCUGUUUGUAUCUCAAAAGCAAAGAGAUUAAACCUUUGGUUUGGUUGGAUCCGACAAUGAGGAGAGAGAUGAAGGUGAAGAGAAGAGAAUUGAAGAAGAAGAAGAAGAAGAAGAAGAAGAAGAAGAAGGAGAAGACGAGGGUGAGGAUGCUCUGCGAUUUCUGCGGAUCAUCAUCCAGCAAGAGAUAUGAACACACAAAACAAGAAGAAGCUCUGUUGAUUGAGAGCGAACUCAAGCGCCUCCGGCUUUUGACCAGGAGAAUGACUGGUAAAGAUCUUGACGGCCUGACUUUCGCUGAGCUUCUACUACUCGAAUCCCUUCUUAAACAAGUCUUGCUCAUUGUCAAGAAGCUCAAGAAGAAGCUGGAAGAAGAGCAAAGGCUGCAGAAGAAAGAAGCAGAUGACGAGGGUGAAGGUAGUACGAGGAGAGAGCUGGUGGUUUUGGUUGAAUACGAAAGACGUAGCUCUGAAUCCAUGCAGAGCGAGUUUGAGAGACUGUGGCUCUUGAAGGAGAGGAUGAGUGGUAGAGAGCUGGCCGGUAUGACUUACUCUGAGCUCCGCUUGCUUGAAGAUGAGAUCAACCGUGGACUAAUGGGGUUGCACGAGCAACAGUUUGGACCGAGGAUGGAGCAAAUUGCAACGCAGCAAAGUGAGGUAAUACUAAUAAUCUGUUGUAAGUAUGAGAUCUUAUUAAAAACCGAUGGUGGUGGUUUGGUUCUCACUUUUGUUUCUUGAUGAUUGAUGAUUGCUUGUUUGUCACAACAAGAAAUUGAUCUCGCAGUUGAGAGACGCUGAAGAGAGACUCGGAACAGUUGAUAGUUCUUGAAGAAGCCUUCCUGAGGAGCACCUGUUGAGCAAUGAUCAUUAAUACUGUUCUCUGAUAAUUAACAAAACAGUCCAUUACUCGUUCAAAAGCCACAAUCUCUCCAACUCCUUGUGCACAGGUUCAGAGCUACGUCUCUCAAAUUCUCUCUUCAUCUUAAGCUGCAAGAACACACAAACGUGAGAGGCAAGAAAAGAGAGAUAGGGACCAGAGGCUGACAACAAUAUACAAGCACGCACCAGUGGUGCUUCAUGAUCUUGUUUCUCCUCUCUUUCUUCUUUAGAGCUGGUAUAUAUUAAACAAUUGGUUCAAUGAGCAAAAAAAAAUAAAAGUGAUACAUAAU